AUGGCGAGCUCUAAGGGUGAGGAUGAGUUGGUCGGCAAGAUGAACGAGAUGGCCGUGACUGCUGUGAAGGGGGCCCUCGAUGAGAUGGACGGAAGGUUUGGCAAAAUUCAAAGGGGGAUUGAUGAGGUACACAGUGCGGUGAACAGAGGGCGUGGCGAGAUGGUGGGUGGGCUGGAUGAGGUGAAGGAAACGGUGACGGGAGGGCUCGAUGAGGCACAGGAUGAGUUCAAGAGAGGGUUGGACGGGAUUACGGGCCAGUUAAGCGACGUGGAAGUCGAGAUGAAGGACGGGUUUGACGCGAUAAAGGGAAGGCUGGACACGGUUGCAGAGAGCACCCAGGAAAGCCUCGCGCGCCUCAAGAACCUACAGGCCCCGAACUACUCAUACCCUCGCCUUGUGGUAGUCAAAGAGAUCGAAUCCGGUCGCACUUCGUCGAGGGCUCCUGGGAAGAAGAGUAUUCUGAGCAAGUUUCGUGGCGUGGUGAAGAAGGAGAUGAUGCUGCAUUUCUUGUGCCCGGUGGACAUGAGCAAAGUGCCGUGCGGCUAUGGUGGCGAAGGCUAUCGGUUUCGGGAGACACGUGACUGGGUCAAGAAAAUAUCACCUCUGCUUCAGGUGGCCGCUGUGACCGCCAAGGUGGCGCUCAAAGCAACGACAGGACUGGACGUGAACACGUCGGAUUUCCUUAGGGACAUGAAGGACGGGUUGGUCGAUGAGCUGGUCGACCGCACUCUCCACGAGGACGCGCUACUUCGUGUUCUAUCGGGUGAGGAGGAUCUCGGGGCCGACAUGCAAAAGGAUACGAGGGCCUCGUAUGAAGCGCUGAAGAAGUUCCUGGACAAGGAGCACGUGGACAGGCUUAAGAACGCCAGGGGUGGUCAUGGCUACGUAGACUUCAGGGACAAAAUGAAGUGGUUGGACUCACAUUCGAAGAGUGCCCCAUCGAGGUAG